AUGAUUAUUUUAACACACUUAAAGUUUGGAGUUUUAUUCCUUGCUCUCGGAGUAUUAUUAUCAUGCGAUUUGGCUUCGUCUCACUGGACAAAAAAAUUGAAACAUAGAGAUGUUUCAAGACGUCAAAUUAAAUUUACUCAACCGAACCUUUGCGAUAAGGGUACACAGAGGUAA